GAAUGAUGAAGGCACUCCUGAGCACAUGCCUCCUCUUGGCCCUGCUUUCUCCAGGUAAGUAGGAACCAGUAGGAUGGGGAACUUUUACAGUAAUAAUAUUUAGAGGACAGAGGAAUCCGGAGAGCUGAAUUUAAGAGAGCUAUUGUGUUGUAGACAUUAGAGGGUCAGACAAGGAUCCAGGAGACCAGGGUUCAAAUCCCCACUCAGCCACAAAGCUCACUGGGGGAUCCUGGACCAGUCACUAUACCUCAGGUUAACUUACCUCACAGGGUUCUUGUGAGGAUAAAAUGGGGAGUAGAGAACCAUGUACACAGCCUUGAGCUGCUUGGAGGCAAGUGCAGAAAACAAAUAAAUCAAAAAAAUUAGAAGCCAAGAGCAACUAAAAUGGAUAGAAUUUUAAAAUGAUUUUUGAAAUAUCCUAGUAACUGAAGGUACUAUGUUUAGUAGCCACUGGUAGCCUAAUUCUGCAUCAUUUGCCUAAACCUUUUGUGAGGCCAUUCAAGUUGAUAGCUUUGUCAGUCUUACGAGAGAGGAUCAAAAUGUUUGUAUUUCCACUUUGUCCAUGUCAUGCAGAACAGUAUGUGCUUCCAGGAAGUCCCCUCUUCCCCCCCCCCUUAACUGUCCUAACCCCCUCCAAAAAAAAAAAACAUCGCCAACAUUUUUCAUAGGUAAGUUGCCCUAGCAUAGCUAGUAGAACCCUUAAAGACCAACUCUCUUAACCUGGAUCUAACCCUGUUCAUUUAACUCUGCUUAAAACUGGUUGAAAUGCAAAAUCUGCUCCCCAACAGGUCUAGUAAGUGAUGGGACAGAGUAUUCCUGCAGAGGCUACCCAGUUUCCACAAUGCUUUUUUUCAUGCCUAAAUGAUGGGAUAAGCCUUCCUCCUGCUUAUCUGGCCAUUGCUCCUUUAUCUAAGCUCAUGUCUAAGAUUGUAAAUGAACAGUAGGGGGGGGAGGCAUUGAAGUGAUAGAGUGGAUGGGAGGAAAAAUGGGCCAUUGGACAGGGAGGGUUUUACCUCUUGGAAAUAAUUAAACCAGUGUUCUGGCCAAUGGCUUUUACUCAUUUCAUUUUAUUGAAAGAUCUUGUUAACUUGAACCCCAUUUCAUUUAAAAGAUUUAAUUUUCUCUCACCUCCUUCUCUGUGUCAAAUGAAGGAAAUCACAAAACCAAAUAAUAAUAAUGUUAAUGACAAUAACAAUCCAUGAACUAAUCUUUUGCUCCUGUCCUCAGCAUUGCCUCUGAAGUGCAGAAAGGCAGUUAACAGGACUGGACUGACAUAUGAUCGCUAUAUAAGACAAUAUUGUAAAUUUGGUCAAGAUUUCUGUUCUGCCAGUGUUCUGCGUACAAAUCUAGGUAAGAUUUAUCUGGUUUUUUGUCUUUUGUUUUUGGAAUUACUAAAUUAGUUGUAAGGAAGCUGUGGCACAUAAGCUGUAGAUGAAUGAGAACUCCCAUCUGCCUCAUCUAUCCUGGCCACCAGUCACAGAUGAUGGGAGAUGUAGUCCAGCAGCAUCUGGAGGAUGGCAGCUUCCCAAUCCUGCAGUAAGGAAUCACUAACAUUUGAAAAUGGGGAAUUUAAAAUCACCUGAUCACAAGCAUCAGAUUUCCAUCUUGAUGUACAUAUUCACCCAUCCCUUCUUCCCUAGAGUGUGCGGUUGCCAUUUUGUGGUUCGCCUCAAGUGCCAAAAUACCUUGGGGCUAUUCUGGGUGGGAUGGUGGUGCUCCCUUGACCAUCUGUUCCUACAUCAUUGCUACAUACUUGGAGGGAGAGGGGGAAUGGGACAGUGAGGUUGGUGCAGUUGAAGUGCACUGCCAAGUCUUCUUCCUUGGCGAUCACUUGUAGCUGAGUAAGUUUGUCUUCCAUAAACACGGUUUUAACAAUGAGUCCGUAAGUGACUGUGGAGGCCAAUUCUGGAUCCACAUGUCCUUCCACAGUGGGGGCAUUGGUUUCCAGACAGGAGUGGAUUUGCCAAGCGUGCCUUCCUGCUAGCAUGUUUCUCCCUUGCGUCCUGAGUUCAAGUGUCUUCAAAGCCUAUGUCACCUUUGUUAAAGGCUGUUCUCCAACUGGAGUGCUUGCAGGCCAGUGUUUCCCAGUUGUCAGUGUUGAUGCUACAUUUUUUUUUUUAUUUGCCUUGAGACAGUCUUUAAACCUCUGCCAAGUAUCUUGGGUUGGGCAACAGGAGUUCAGGGAAGUAUUUUCCCGCCCUGCAAAUGGUUAUGAUCGACUAGCAGAGAGAAUGCAGUGUAUGGCACAUGUAUUGUCAGAUGUAUAGAAGAAGCCAUGAUACUUCAUGCUGCAGAUUGGACCUGAAAUGAAGUUCUACAUUCAUUCCAAAUUUAAUGCCUUUUACUGAGCGCCGCAACCCCAGAGUCGGUUACGACUGGACCUAAUGGUCAGGGGUCCCUUUACCUUUACCUUUUAUGAUCGUAAUAAAUCUUUGAAAGCUUUGGUUGUAUUUACAAACUACGGUUGCAAUCAAAAUUAUUCAUGCCCCAUUGCAAAUUGGGUUUAUUAUCAAAUUUUACAGACUUCUAGCUGUUUGCAUUGAGAAAAUCAAACAAAAGCCAUUGAAAUAGCUCUGCAAAAUUGCUGCUUCAAGUGGCUCCCCCAAAUUCAGCUGAAAAUGCAACUUAUACUGCCAAGAACAAGAACAUUAUUUAUUUCGGUUGAAAGACCCACAAAAUCAUUUUAAAAGCAAAAAAGGUAAGAAAUACAGGGAAGAUUAAAAGGUGGUCACAUUGUUUUAUCCACAGUAUGUCGGUUUCUAUUUCUUAUUAGUUCUGAGAGGAACUUAGCCAAGGCCAGGGUAGUAUCAUCUGAGUUAUAUUGGCUUCUCUACUCUCACUAUUAUUCAACCCAUCCUUGGCAAGCAUCUUUUAAAUGCCUGCAGAAAAAUUUGUAUUCCACCAGGCUCAUACAAGCCAUUCAGAAUACAUCUUUCCAUUGGUUAAUUGAUAUCUGUUUCUUUUCUUUUUACAAAGUUUUUAUUGUAUGCUUUAUAUUUAUGAGUGGAAUCAUUUUGAUAUUUUUCUUUCAAUGAUAUAUAGGUGUUUGUACGUAUAUAUAAAUUAAUAAAGCCCAUCACCUUAGAUUGCAGAAUUCAAUAAUAUUUUGCAUGUUGUUUGUUUGAAAAGGUUCUCAUUCAGACAUUACAGAAAAUUGGAACCACUACAAUGAAUGUGUUUUAGGAGCAAUAAACCUCCAUAUCUAAAUAUUUCUUUCAAAUUCUUUUCAUAGUUAAAUUCCAAGAGCAACUUUUGAAUAGAUGCUCAUCAUCCAUAAGCUGUUUCUCAGGCCAUUACAGCUUCACUGCAGGGGAUGGUAAAUUCUUUCAGAUGAAGAAGCACUGCUGCAAGACUGAACUGUGUAACAAUGCAACUCUCAGCCGUACGUUUCUGCAUCAAUUUAGAAUCAUUAACAUGUUAGGGUUUUUCACUGAAUUUGGCCAUGGUCUGGAUCCUUAGUCAAUCAGCAGUACUUAGAGAAUCUGUGCCUCAUUCAAAUGGGGUGAGACAGCCCCAGGUGGCUACAGGUUGGGUUGAGCAGCUCAGGACUAUUAGGGGCUCUCAAGGGAUGGAGAGUCAGGCAGGACGGGGAGGCAGUCAUGAGGAGAAACUGUGAAAAAAGAGGGACCUAGCUAGAGACACAGGUGGCGCUGUGGGUUAAACCACAGAGGCUAGGGCUUGCCGAUCAGAAGUUCGAUGGUUCGAAUCCCUGCAAUGGGGUGAGCUCCCAUUGCUCGGUCUCUGCUCCUGCCAACCUAGCAGUUCAAAAGCACGAAGUGCAAGUAGAUAAAUAGGUACUGCUUCGACGGGAAGGUAAACAGCAUUUCUGUGCGCUGAUCUGGUUCGCCAGAAGUGGCUUAGUCAUGCUGCCAGAUUACCCGGAGGCUGGUUGCAGACAAACGCCAGCUCCCUCAGCCAAUAAAUUGAGAUGAGCACCGCAACCCCAGAGUCGUCUGCAACUGGACCUAAUAGUCAGGGGUCCCUUUACCUUUUACUUGGCAGCUACGUCUGCCAGAGAAGGGAUGGGUUGCCUUUCCAACCAGGCCUCUCCUUCUUCCUGCCCCUCAAAGGAGCACCAUGCAGGAUCAGAUCAUCCUACUGAUAGGUGGGAGGAUCUGAUCCUGCACAGUGCCAGUGCCCCUUGUCCCAGCCAUGUUUUUACUGUAUGUUAAGAUAUGGUUACACAUCGCCCCUAUAGCCAAGUGAUGUAAGAUUCCAUGGGAACCAGGCAUGCUGUAAGCCAGGCUCUGUGUUUCCUGUGGGACCAUAAUGCACUCUGGUGUCUUUAUGAUAUAUGGUUAUGCAUAAAUAUAUCCAACCUGAGGCCUACAAUGAAGACAUCCACCAGAAUAUGUCCUGUCCCUCUCAUAGGCACAGCAGCAUCCUUGCCUUGGCAGUUUGUCUUUUCCUGGGAAUGGUCACAUUCCUCAUAUUCUAAUAAAACCUAAUCCUGGUUUUAUUACUACACAGGGAGCAGCUUCCAUUCCUUUGUUGUGCUGCUGUGCUAAUCUGCUAUUUUAAUGACCCACUUCCCCAAAACGGUUACCUCAGAAGUAGAUUACUUCUGACAUGAGUCAUGUUGAUUUUCUAGGGUUUAGAAGUGUCUAAAGAAGUGUCAGUUAUGUCAGCUUAGGAACUUUGCCUACAUUAAGUAACCAAGUGGAUAAGUAAAAUAAUAAAAAUAAAAAUCGGGGAUAAGAAUACAAUCUUCAAGAUGCCUUUAUAACAUUUCCUAUGCAUAAUUAGCCGUGAAUGAUAUUUCAUGCAAUAUAAUUGGAUACCUAGGUGCAUGAACAGCUCAUAAAAGGUUAUGGUCCCUUUAAGAUAACAUUCAAUUUGAUGGUCCAGAUUAGAUGGUUACAACCCACCUAUCUUAUCCAGGUGUCCUCCUAAAUGACCCUUGAACUGUUUCUGGUCAGUCUUUUAAUUGACAAAAUAAGUACUGACUAAGCUGGCAGUUAUUCUUAAUUAUUAUUAUUUAUUGAAUUUAUAUACUGCCCUGUACCUGCAGGUCUCAGGGAAUUCACAGAAAGUGACAGUUAGUUCAUUGCGGAAGUGCAAAAGACAGCCAGAAACUCUGUACAAAGAUAAGGGACUAAGAGUAUACCUUUUCAUAGAGGCUACACCAUAAUCAAUGGCAGGAAAACCUUCUGAGAGAUUGAGAAGGGAAGAAAGUUCACACUCCCCCACCCCCUUUAUGUAAAGGUCAUUCAUCUCAGAGAACAAUGGUGACUUUGUCCCAUGCUCAGUCCUGAACCCAGAUCGUGUCUAGAUUAUAUUUUAUCCAAGAGUACUUGCAACUGCCCCACCAAAACUAAAAGGCCCUAGGGUGGAUUCCAUUAGUACAACACAGAGAUACAAAAACAGAAGAAGACAUUAACAUGCUCACUAUACUUUUGAUUUUGGCAGUUCCUGAUCGCAACAUGCUGGCUGAAAAUGGUUUGCAUUGCCCAUCCUGCUUUUCUAAAGGAACCAUAAUGUGUAAAAGUGAGAAGACCAUCAACUGCCUUGAGAAUGAGACCCAGUGCAUUCAAUCCACAGUAGCUCUUGUUACCGGUAACAUUGCUACUCAGACAAGGAAAAAGGCCUAGUAAUUCUUGGUCAUGCAGACUCUCUCCUUGUCUCCUUCUCUCCCUUCCUCCUUUUCCCUUGCAUGUUGCACGAACAGUGAGAGGGAUCAUAUCUCUCACUGACCCGACUCUGCACCCUUCCGUAUUGUUUUGCCUGCCUGGUCUGUGUCCUUUAACUCUCAUAAUGCCACUUGCUUGUCCGGAAGGAGGAUUCAGAGUGAGAUGUGUAUAUAAAAUACCCUUCUGAACAAAAGUAAAAAAAGUGCAUUGAUUGCUUCACCCCAGUUGAAUCCGGAUCUCUCCACCACUGGGAUGCAGUCCAGGACAAAAUGUGUCCAUCUUACUCAAAACAAAUAUUUAUUAUGUAAAAGGAAUGUAUUACAUUUCCUUAAAUUCUGUGACAAUGAGCAGUAUCUGGUUAACUCAGACCAUUAGUGGAAAGAUUUACAGUUGUGCAAGAGAAUUUCCUCUCUCUUUUGCAUGUAUGUGCUCUGAAUCCUCCCAAAAUCUGCUCCACAGAAUUGGGAAAAACCUCAGAAUUCAUUUAGGGGAUACACAAAAGGAGGAAGAGAGAGAGGAUAUGUUCCUUUCUACAACCAUACAUUAUUUUGUUGAUGUCAUGAUUUAGCUACAUCCGUAAAGAGUCUUUAACCCAAAGUGUUUGUAACCCGAGGUACCACUGUAAAUCAAUUUUUGAUGUGUCUAGAUCCAGUUUUAGAUGGAGACCUCUCUAUCAGCAAAUUUUUCAGGAAUAAUGCUACAUUGGGAGGGAAUUUGAAAUGAAUGGGGGAGGGGCAAAUGGCUGAUUUGCCUCCAGGAGAACAGAGGCAAUUUCCAGGCCAUUUGUGAUGCUUCUGCCCUACAUUCUUUCUUCUCUUAUUUCUGCUGCCCUUUACAGCCUUGGCUUUGCUAGUUUCUCUUUUAAGGGUUGAGUAAGAUAUCUGAGGUGAGUACCUGAUUGGCCCUUGGGAGUCACCUUUUUCACCUGCUUUAUGUUUGACGUGUUUAACAUGAAAAUAGAUAUGGUAAAAUAAAAGGAGGAUUCUCUGGAUACUUAGAUCACAGUGGGGCAAUGAGGGAGCCUCCGUUGGCACCCAACCAUCCUGAGAGACAAUGAAGUGCAUCUCCAGCUUUUUUUGUUGCUGGAUCACCCUGUUGACUUAUGGCAGGUUCAGACACUCAAGGUUCAGACACCAAGGUGGGAGUGUUGUUUUCAGAUCUUGCUGUGUGGCCGUAGCAUGUGACUUUUAACAUGCCCAGGAGAUGGGGGGGGGGAUAAAAUUCCUCCCAUUUUAUUGCUACUCACCUGCCCACAAGAAUUUGAUUUGGUUAAUCUUAUCAAUUAGGCCUGUUUUCAAAUUCUCUGAUUUCAUUAUAUCUUAUAAGUAUAAGCUGUUUAUUAAAAAUAUUUGUGUCUUGAGAGUCCUUUGGGUAUGAUAGCAAUUUUAAAUUAUAUCUGAUCUAACUUUUUUACCUGAACUUCUAAUGUUGAAAAUUUUGUAUAUUCAUGUUCUGACGAAAUUAUGAUAUUUCUCAGAUUUCUUAAAUAUACUCUUUUAAAAACUAACUUAUUAAAAUUAUCAUUCACCAUCACAGGCACCAUCUCCUAGUCCCUGAGUAAAGGACUAAAGAGUAAAGGCCUGGUAGAUGAAGGGAACGCAGUGGAUGUAGCCUACCUUGAUUUCAGCAAGGCAUUUGACAAGGUGCCUCAUGAUAUUCUUGUAAAGAAGCUGGUAAAAUGUGGUCUUGACUAUGCUACCACUCAGUGGAUUUGUAACUGGCUGACUGACCGAACCCAAAGGGUGCUCAUCAAUGGUUCCUCUUCAUCCUGGAGAAGAGUGACUAGUGGGGUGCCACAGGGUUCUGUCUUGGGCCCGGUCUUAUUCAACAUCUUUAUCAACGACUUGGAUGAUGGACUCAAGGGCAUCCUGAUCAAAUUUGCAGAUGACACCAAAUUGGGAGGGGUGGCUAACACCCCAGAGCACAGGAUCACACUUCAAAACGACCUUGACAGUUUAGAGAACUGGGCCAAAACAAACAAGAUGAAUUUUAACAGGGAGAAAUGUAAAGUAUUGCACUUGGGCAAAAAAAAUGAGAGGCACAAAUACAAGAUGGGGACACCUGGCUUGAGAGCAGUACAUGUGAAAAGGAUCUAGGAGUCUUGGUUGACCACAAACUUGACAUGAGCCAACAGUGUGACGCGGCAGCUAAAAAGCCAAUGCAAUUCUGGGCUGCAUCAAUAGGAGUAUAGCAUCUAGAUCAAGGGAAGUAAUAGUGCCACUGUAUUCUGCUCUGGUCAGACCUCACCUGGAGUACUGUGUCCAGUUCUGGGCACCACAGUUCAAGAAGGACAUUGACAAACUGGAACGUGUCCAGAGGAGGGCAACCAAAAUGGUCAAAGGCCUGGAAACGAUGCCUUAUGAGGAACGGCUAAGAGAGCUGGGCAUGUUUAGCCUGGAGAAGAGGAGGUUAAGGGGUGAUAUGAUAGCCAUGUUCAAAUAUAUAAAAGGAUGUCACAUAGAGGAGGGAGAAAGGUUGUUUUCUGCUGCUCCAGAGAAGCGGACACGGAGCAAUGGAUCCAAACUACUAGAAAGAAGAUUCCACCUAAACAUUAGGAAGAACUUCCUGACAGUAAGAGCUGUUCGACAGUGGAAUUUGCUGCCAAGGAGUGUGGUGGAGUCUCCUUCUUUGGAGGUCUUUAAGCAGAGGCUUGACAACCAUAUGUCAGGAGUGCUCUGAUGGUGUUUCCUGCUUGGCAGGGGGUUGGACUCGAUGGCCCUUGUGGUCUCUUCCAACUCUAUGAUUCUAUGAUUCUAUGAUUCUAUGACUAAUGCCAACUUUUCUCCCCCCCCCCCAGGUGGAUUGCAAGCCCACAUUUUCACUUUCCAAGGUUGUGGAACAACAGAUUUUUGUGCCAUCGGGAAAAAGCCAAUCAAAAUAAUUGGAGAUGGGAACUUUGUCCUUUCUGCUACCCAAGAAAGUUGUUACAAUGCUUCACGAAUCUCACACAAGCCUGAACAUGAAGAGUGAAUGGGACAGUGUAGACCUCCUCCUUGUGUAUUCCAAAAUCUAUGGCAAUGAGGGGGAAUUGGAGGCCUAGUGUUGAAAAUCAGGACUCAGGAUCUCUGUUUCUUUCUUUUUUGCUUUUGGUUGAAGUAAAGGGAAGCAAGGGGCAGAGAAAAAGAGGUCAGAAUACGGG